AUGUUAACUAUACAUGAGGCAGAGAUCAUGCAGAUUGUUGUAGGCAAGUCUGACUCUGCUGAGGCAGCCAUCAAUGAGCCUGACAACAAAGACAAGUACCUCAAGUUUAUUCAGAAGGCCUUUGGAGACAAGUACCAAGAUCUCCCACACGUCUCUGGGGAGAUUCAUGCUCAGAAGAUUGCUAGUUUCACACUGGACAAUUGGAAGGUGUUGCAGCAGUGGCUCGUGGAUCAUGACACUCUGAAUCAAUUCCACAAGCACAAGACAUCAACAAUGAUGGGCCCCACCCACAUGAUUGCUGCAGAGAGGAAGUCCUACACUGACAGUGAUACAAAGAAGAUUGUGGAUCUGGUCAAGGCAUGCUCAGUUGGCAAGAAGGUGUACAUCACCCAGGUGAACAAACCAUCCAAGUUGCAGGGGCUCUAUGACAGCAAGGGAAAGGACAGUGUGCUUCCUAAGCUUGUGGAACUGGGGGAUGGACUAGUGAAAAAUAGUGAGGUUCCGCACACCAGUAGCAGUGGGAAAGUGUUCCCCCCCUUUGUAGCCCUCACAUGCUUCAAUAUCAACAAGCUGAUCCCCAUUGACUCUGGCACAAAGACGAAGUUAAAAUGGGUGCUGCCAGGCACACAUCACUAUACUGAUGCAAACCUCCACAUCAGCAGGGAGCAGUACCCCACCAUGGUUGGAGACCAACAAUGGAUCGAUCUCGGACACAGUUUGGUGAUUCUAUAUCCCAUACUCGGAGCUAGCAAUGUUCAAGCUUGGCGUGAAAUCUAUGUACUGACUGUUGGUGACAAGCCUAUUCUUGAUGUGUACGAAGGGCAGGUCAAGAACCAGGUCAAUGACUUCUUGAAGAAGGUCAAGGAUGGCUACAAAGUGAAGCUAUCCAUGCGUGUUGACCCUACCAGACAACAAGGAGAAGACAAACAAGUUGAGGAGUUGAAAGCUUACAAUGAACUCCUGCUCCAUCCAAAAGAUGAAGACUUAUGCACAGAAGAAGAUGUAUGCUUUGAAUCCCAUAUCAGUCAAUUCCUCAAGGCAAUCAGGUUGGGUGCAAGAGGCACCACCACCGAACACCUGGUUGACAAUUUGUUGGCUCAACACCAAGCAGGAGGUGGUGUCCAAGGAGGCUAUCAUGAACCCCUCCCCCUCUUCCAGGAGAUGGAUGUUGUCAAUGAGCAAUGGGAUGACAUUGCCCAGCUGGCAUGCAAGCACAAGCAUCUUGGCACUGAGGAUGAGCUGGAAGAUGCUUGCUGCAAUGGUCCAAAUAUCCCUUGCCAUGAGAAGACAUCACACGUUGUCACACCCCGUCUUACUGUUGCCAUACAGCCACAAGAACUUGAUGUGGGGGAUGAAUUUGACCUCAGGCUCAUCAAGCAAAUCACUCUGAAACUCCUACCACUACAUGAAAACUGCUCAGGAUGUGGUGUGGUCAUGAUCAAUGACAGCUUGAAGAUGGGAAUGUGGUGA